UCCACUUGAAAUAAGCAUCCAUUCUUUCUCUUUGAAUAUUUUAUAGCAAAUAAUUAGCUCAGGGCAAACCCCAUUUCAUUGUACUUAAUGAGCCUUGAACUGUAUCAAGUAUUUGUUACCAACAAUGCCAUUAGUGCUUGUAGCAUUCAAAAUGUAUGAUUUUCUGCGAUGAUAACGAUUGACGACUGCCAUUACGGCGAUAAAAACAGCAUUAGGAAGAAGAACAAAGAAAUGCAGGAAGCUUAGAAAAUUUUUCCUUGAACAGUUGCAAAAGGAAACAAUUGAUCAGCGGGAAUUAGUACUCCCUAACGAUGAUAAUGAAUGAUCAACAGUCUAAAAUGAUGAUGACUUAAUUACUUUUAUAUCGGCUUUAUGUGAUGGAAAAGGUAUUAGUAUAUGUUAGCUUCUUUAUUUUAGUUUGUACUUGUCAUGAUACAAAACUGUCUGAUAUUCUACUGAUAAAGCUAUCAAUGAUCCCAAUAGAGCAACUGCUAAAUCAACAUCUCACCAAGCGUUUGAAGCACUCUUUCUUAUUGUCAUUCGUUGUCACCAUUAUAUUUCAUAUUUUCUCCUGCUUCAUCCACCAGACGCUAACACUAUUUUCGACAACAGAGUUACGCUACAUAGUGUACAGAAUACAACUCAACUAUGAGAAUCCUUUCUUACAGCAAAUGAUCAAUUAUUUGGCAGCCCUUCACACUCAUCAAAGUCUCAAGCUUCCAACAUUAACCAUCUACAGAUAUUCCUUUUGUACCACUGAUCAGCAAAGCACCAAACGUUCCGAGACAUACGCGACCUUCAUUAAAGUGCCCAAAGACAAAAUUAUUUUGCCACAAGGAGAUCAUCCAAGAGAACUUCGGUGAAGGCCUUACACUUGACUGUCAUGGCUCCAAAAAAAAAAAAUGCCAAGGG